UCGAAGGGGAAUUGGCAGACCUGGGCUGGAAGUUUGUCAAUCUGAUGCAUCACAACCAUCAGGUGUUCAGCCCAUACUAUAAUGAGAUCUUAAAAAAUGUCAUCCUUCCAGCUCAGCUGUGCAUUUUGGAGAUCUGCAAAACACUCCAGCCAAAAGACAGCAACGACAAACAUGUCGUUUACUCAAAGGAAGAGUGGUGCAAACCAGCGUGAAGUUUCAGAACACAGUGGCAGCAGUAGUGUUCAUGAAGGAAGGAAGAGAAGUUGGGGUUCUUUCCAGGGUAAUUUUGCCAGGAGGAACCUUCUUUAUGAACAUGGUAGGCAUGAGCAUUUCCCUUCACGCCGCCAGGAUGAUGAUGGAACGGUAGCAAUGAGGAAUGUACACCACGAACCCCAGUUAAGACGCACUCCCAAUAGUAUGCAAUGCAGCAAGAGGAGACUGAAAUAUAAUCAUGACCAUGUGGAUGCGUAUGGAUCUAAGAAACGUCCAGAGGGAGAAAUGGGGGAGCAAACAGAGGAUGGAACUAUAGCAUGCUGGUUCAAGGUCACAAUUCCCAAUGGGAGAAAGUAUAACAAGAAAUGGCUGAUAAGCUCAAUCCAGAGCGAGUCCGCUGUUCACUUCAUUCCGGUUGAUUUUCAUUACAUCAACAAUCAGGCUCGGUUCUUUGUGCAAUAUUCUGACACUGCAUCUGCACUGAAGAAUGUGAGCCACAAGAUUUGUGAUGAUGAGAACCGAAAGAUACCUAUCUUCGUCAACCGCUCUUCUGUACCCUACUCUGUGAAGAAUAAGUUGAAGCCAGAGGAAAUGGAGCAGCUAAAGUUGACCUUGAACAAGCGAUAUGAUGCUUCCCGGCAAGCUCUUGACCUCCAGAACCUCCGCUUUGAUCCAGACUUGGUUGGCCAUGAUAUUGAUAUGAUUCUGAAUCGAAGACAGUGCAUGGCUGCCACACUGAAGAUCAUUGAAGAAAAUUUCCCUGAGCUGUUGUCUUUGAACUUGUGCAACAACAAACUGUACCAGCUGGACGGCCUGUGUGAUAUUAUAGAGAAUGCUCCUAAAGUCAAGAUCCUGAACCUCUCCAACAAUGAGCUGAAGACAGCAUGUGAAUUAAACAAGCUAAAAGAGCUGAAUCUUGAAGAGUUGUGGCUAGAAGGCAACCCGUUGUGCAGAACCUUCCCUAACCACUCUGCCUACAUAAGUGCCAUGCAGGACUGCUUCCCUAAUUUGUUACGCUUGGAUGGCCGAGAGAUCGCCUCACCUGUUGUCAUUGAUGUUGGUGCUCCUAAGUUAGUAAAACUCUGCAAGGAAAUCCCAAAAGGAACUGAAAUGCUGAAGAGUCUCGUCCUGCAAUUCCUGCAGGAGUAUUACUUCAUCUAUGACCACGGGGAUCGUCAUAGUCUCCUUGGUACUUACCAUGACAGGGCCUGCUUCUCUCUAACCAUGCCCUUCAACUCCAUGGACCCAGUCCCGAGCGGCCUGUUUGUGUACUUACAGAACAGCAGGAAUAUCAAGAGUGUCACGGACCCCCACUUGCGAAGGCAGCUAUUGAAGCACACAAGCCGUGACAUAGUGGAUGCUCUCAGUGUGUUGCCAAGAACCAAACAUGACUUUAAUUCUUUCUCAAUAGACAUGUGGUUCCAUACGGAAACUAUGCUCUGCUUUUCUGUCAACGGGGUGUUCAAGGAAGAAAACAGUUCUCCGGAUUCUGUGUUUGCCUUCACCCGGACCUUCAUCGCUAUCCCUGGCAGCACUUCCAGUCUCUGCAUCACGAAUGACCAGCUGUUUUUGAAGAACGUCAGCAGCAGCAUGUUACAGUGCACCUCCUCCAUCCCAGGAGCCACACCGAGCUCCAGUUGCACACCCGCACUCUCCCAGCUGCAGCUGCAAAUGGUGCAGUCUUUCUCCACCCAGUCUGGGAUGAAAUUUGAGUGGUCUCAAAAGUGCCUUGAAGAGAAUGAGUGGAACUACACCAGAGCAGCACAGGCCUUCAUUAACCUCCAGACAAAGGGCACGAUCCCAAAGGAGGCCUUCCAACAGAGUGUCUAAAAGGAGCCCUUGGAUGUUGUCUUCAUCUCUGUCCGCGUCAUCUUUGGUUCUCGUUUCCAGCAAUAUAAAGCCACAUUUAUGAAUAAGAUUGGAGACUUAUCCAUCUGAGAAGCAAAGAGUUCAUUGUAGGAAUGGUAUAAUAACUAUUCAAAAGAUCGAAUAUGUUUUCUUUUUUCUCUACUAAAUAUUGCUGGUUUUGUUCAUAAUAAAG